AUGAAAGAUGGUCAAAUGAUAGAAAGGAAAUAUAAUGGAAAUUAUUGUAAUGAUGUAAAACCGAAUGAGCAUCACCAAAGUGUCCUUUCUCAUAGUGAAAAUUAUAAUUUAGAAACUUCAGUAGAUAACGAGUAA